AUGCGGAUAUCGCUGCUCAUUCUUGUACUAUGCACUACUACCUUAGCCGAUGAAGACUACUAUAAACUGCUCGGCAUUGAACGAGAUGCAGAUGAUAGGACUAUUCGAAAAGCAUUCAAAAAAUUAGCUAUACAAAAACAUCCAGAUAAGAAUAAGGAUAACCCACAAGCUCACGCUGAAUUUGUGAAAAUUAAUAAAGCUUACGAAGUGUUGAAAGAUGAAGAAACCCGUAAGAAGUACGAUCAAUUUGGUGAAAAAGGCUUGGAAGAUGGCUUCCAAGGAGGAAACACAUAUCAGUCAUGGCAAUUUUAUAACGAGAAUUUUGGAAUUUAUGAUGACGAUCCAGAAAUUGUCACUUUGAAUCGGGCAGAUUUCCAACGGCAAGUCUCAGAUUCGAAUGAAAUGUGGUUUAUUAACUUCUAUUCAACUUAUUGCUCACAUUGCCAUCAAUUAGCUCCUACU